AAUGCGUUGCACGUGUUUUCGACAGGCGAAGGCUCCGCGGUACACUGUGCUGGUAGACUGUGCCUGCAGGGUUGCCUCUGCAAAGCUACUUUUGCUUUCCGCCCGCGCGUUUUCCGCAACCGUUUAUCAGGGGAUGCAGGCUCAGCUUUUCCCUGUGAGCUAGAGGCAGCAGUGGAAUAAUUCAAUUCGGGGCGUUCGUCCAGCUGGCGGUGGUUUUGAGCGGUCAGGGGAAAACUACUUCAGUGUGAGAAGUGAUUCCUAGCUUGUUUGCGCAAAAUAUCCAUGUUUGCAUCGUCGGGCUGUAUUGUAAACAUUUGCCUUUGAGCUAUAUUAUUAAACGCAUUUUAGUGGUACACUACCAGAGGAUUAGGUGAACUUGUGGUGUCAAGUGGUGUGAGGUACUGGUUAAAUACAUCAUUCAGUUCUAGUGUUUUGAUGGCACUGGAAUCAGCUGGUUUAUGGUAUACUGUUUAGAUAUUACAUAAGUAUGGACAGCGGGAACGUUUAAUGGAAGAAUUAUUUUUCCCCAACAAACAGCUGUUUCCAUUGCGGUCGCCAUUGUUUAAUUAAACUUUGUCCUGUCUAUGAUUGAAGUCAAUUAGCGCAGGAAGUGAAAAAGGAUUCAACAGUGUCGGGUGACUUUGAGUGAUUACCUUUGCAUUUGUAUGAAGUGAAAGUUUCUGGCAACUUUAUAGCAUAUACAGAUAUCCUACGAUGGUCCUCGUGAGCUCGGCAGUGCUUGGGGCAGCUGCUGGCACGGGGCUUGCCCUGCUGGUUGCCGUAACGAUAGUGAUGUACCGCUAUUAUGUCGUGCGGCGCAAAGGAAAGGAAUGGGCGGAGCUUGAUCGGUUGGAAGAAAAGAAAGCGGCCAGGAAAAUUAAUCUACAGCAGGAAUGCAGCGUUAUUAGUGGCUCCCAUCCAGUACAACCAGCAUGCAAUAUUUCACCGCACACACUAGAAGGAGAAGGAAAAGCAGGGCCUGUGGAUUUGAGUUCGAGCCCAUUGCAGCCUAGUUUGGAUCAGAAGAAGCCUUACUCUGGGCGACAGAAGCCACCCACAUCAGCUUCCAGAAAUAACAGCUUGGAAAGUGUACACUCUCGAGCAUCGAGCUGUCGGGAAGUGACAUCCAAAUAUGCGUCAAAUGCAAACCCUGAAACUAGGUCAACAAUUUCGGACAACUUCAUUAUACAGAAAUCUCGAUCACCGAAACGUAUGAGAACUUACAGCCUAGAAGGAAAACUUCCGUCGGGUCAGGACAGCAAUUUUCGGUCACCAAAAGCUCCUCAAGAAAGCAUGUCAUCAGUAAUGAGCGUUAAUUAUAGGGAGAUUGUUUCGUCUAAGAAAAGAAACAGCACUGUAUCCGCCGCAACAUUACCUCGUCCUGGUGAGUUCGUGGCUCCGGACAGCCCUAGUGGAUCCAUUCGAUCGGAAAACAGUCGCUCCCCGCGGAGACGGGUGCCGAUAAUAAUGGCUGCAAACGACAUUCAUACGGUACUUGGAAGAUUUCAUUUUCGAUUGAAAUUCGACGGAACGAAGGAAGAAUUAUUGGUCCAUCUGGUCGAAGCGCAAGAUCUGUCGUCGUCUUCGGAGAGCGGCUUUCGUGAUCCGUAUGUAAGAAUGUUUUUGGAUACCGAUGAGGAAAAUCGCACACUGCAGACAGCUGUCCAUCGUGCAGAAACGCACCCUUAUUUCGAUCAACAUUUUUCCUUUCCUUUGAGGCCCAAGAAUCUGGUCAAAACCAAUUUCAUCUUGCAGUUACUCGAUUACGAUCGCUUCUCCCGUGAUGAGGUCAUCGGCGAAAUACGAUUUUUACUGAACACGCUGGAUUUGUCUGGUUGCGAAAUAUGGGGUGACUUGAUUGCGGUUCGGAAACCAAUGGAACAUUCACCGGAGCUGCUGAUUUCGUUGAGCUAUUUGCCACAAGCAGAACGGCUUACGGUCGUUGUAAUGAAAGCAAAGAAUCUGCACGUUCUCAAUGAUCCGUUCGUGAAGCUCUAUUUAAUUAUCAACGACAAACGAGCAAAGAAACGUAAAACGAGUGCGAUUCGUGCAACGGACCCAGCCAAUCCUAUCUGGAACGAAGCGUUUACCUUUGAUCUUCCCGCAUCUCAAUUGCAGGACGCAGGAAUCGAGCUGUUUGUGACAUCUAAUGAAGGAGAACUGCUGGAACCGGGUUGUGCAAUUGGGCUCCAGGAAGGAGGAACCGGCUGCCAGCACUGGCAGGAUAUGAUGCAAAACAAUCGCAAACCAAUUGCCAUGUGGCACAUGUUGAGAUAAAGAGUUGUUUCUGUUGAACUGGUAUUUUUUCUUGUUGUAAUCAUUCAGCUUAAAGUGAUUUGAUAUCCCGAGAAUUCAUUUAUCGAAAGGAUUGAAUCCUUCCAGCCAAGGUUUCAGUCGUUUUAUACGAUGUUAACAAACAACCGUCACAAAAUGAUGCUUAUGCGAUAUAGUUUAUUUUUUGCAAAACGUGAAUGUAAGCGGGAUAACUAAUUCAACUGAAUAAAUAUAUCCAGAGUGUCUAAAUGCACAUACAUAUUUUGAAUUUAUAGUUUAGGUAAGUAGUUAUUAUGACUUUUAUUAAAAACGUUGAAUUAAAAUUAACGCAGAAUUGUUAUUUUAACGAGGUUUUGCACAUACACAAAGGAUUACAAAUACCGUCUAACGGAAAAUGUUAGUAGACUGAGUUUUUGCAGCAGCAAAAUAAGAACUUAUGAAUCAGAAACUCAUGCUUCUUAGUUUAUAGCAUAGUAUAGAACAGUUUUAAUCAGCAAAUCCAACCAGAAAUAUAUGGACAAGUAUUAGAGCUUAAAUAUAAAUAUUCAUAUAUAUGGAAUAGAGGGAAUUUUAUAUAUCUUACAAGAAUUGAACAAGAACAUAAAGCAUAAACAUGAAAAGCACAGAUGGACGGAUGUGAAUAUAAAAAUAAAAUUUAUUUUGUAUAACAAAGUAUUUGCCUAAAAUUAGCAAACAAUUUGUAAUAUGUCUAUUAGCACAGUGUACUGCAGCAACCGAAAUCAUAGGAUCGUACCAUCUAGCAUUAUGUACGUGGCUCUCAACUAAUAAACUUAAACUAUAGUAAACAAACAUAUUCAAUCAAAGUCAGGAAUGCCUGACUUGAAGAACUGUUCACCUAUGGCCAUGUAUUAUUAUACCUGAAAGGAUUUUCUAAUAUUUCUUUUCUAAAUUCACACCUCGUUACUAUGCAAUGCUUGACGUGGACUUAAAAGUAUGAUAGUAUAAAUAGUCACAAAAGAAUAGAAGGUUUAAAUAAGUUUAAAGUGUAUUUAUGAUGAUUUCAUUGAUGCUGAUGCUAAAUAUAUUUGAUCAUGAGGUCGAA